AAAAUUAGAAGACACUAAAGUGUACUUUUUUUCUUAAGAAAAGCCGCUAAAAAAGAAAAAACUUGCAGUUAUGACUACGACUCAACAUUCGGAUCAAGCUUCGCUAUCGCUUAAUGCUUUUGAUGUGUUUAAAUGCAUUCGUCAAAGUGGUUUUUUAAAGAAACAAGACUAUAAUCCACAAAAACUGAAAGCAAAAUCUACAAACACUUACACAUUGUUUCCUAGUGAAAACCAAUGGAAAAUAACUUUAAAUAGAAGAGCACAACAGAAAUCGUGUGGAUUUUUUGCGAAGACAAAUGCGCCUUAUAAAGAGUUUGGCAAUGUUGAAUUAAACUCAAAUAAAUUGUUGCUUGAAAGCCUUCAGCAUAUUGGAAAUUGGUUUUUAGAUGAAAAGGCAAGAAUUAAAUCGACGAAUAACAUUCCUGAGUUUACAAAAAGUUCUCGUGACAUAACUGAUAGAUCUUCUCGCCAAAUACUAAAUUAUAAGGUGUUUGAUGAACACAAAAAACCUGAUAAUGGAAUCGCCUUAUUAAAACUACAUUUGGAAAAAAAUAACAAAUACAUUAAAGCGGUUAAAGCUGGUCAACUGCUUUCAAAGUUUUUCAAUGAUGAAAAAAAAAAUAGCAAUCGCAAUGAUAGUUUGUCUCAUGCGGAAAGUUCAUCAGAGCGCAAAAUGCAAAAACUCUUUUGUAGAGAGCUUCAGGAUUAUUUGCAACCAAGUGUUAAUCGAGUGGAAAUUCCGUCUACAAGCUGGAGAAAACAAAAUGAGUUUUUAGAGAAAUUAAAGUGUUUUGAAAUUCUGUUCAAUUCUGUUCAAAAUAUGAACUCUAAAGACCUUAAAAACAAGACUACUUUAUCCAGCGAUACUUUAAAAAAACUGCGACAAGAACCUAUUGAGUUCACCGAAGAAGGACAAUCCAUGUCUUCAACUUUGGAAUUGAACAAUAAGGAACAUAAAAGUCGCUCAUUUCAAGUGGCUCGAAAACCUAUAACAGUUAUCGGUUACAAUGAAAGUACUUCAUCAAAAAGUAUCAACGGUUCAAAAAGUGGAAAUGACAUCAUUCCUCCUUGGUUUAAAAACUAUAUUAAUGAUGAGGAUAAAUGUUUUCAGCAUUUCGGAAAUAACUUAAAUUCAAAAUUUCACAAAGAUUUUCUUCAUCACUUGAAAAAUUCUUUUCAAACUUCACAAAAUAAACUGAAUGAGAAAAUGAAAAAUGAACUGGAUUCACACGUAGAGUAUAUUAUAUAUAUAUAUUUUUUAAAGCAAUUAUAUAGAGUUUUUAUCAGGGAUGGCGUGAGUAGGUGUCUUGUGUGUGUGGGGGGGGGGGGGACAGCCAUUACAACUAUUGCCCACUAAAAAAAAAUGAUCCUCGUUUUUUAAAAUUUGCUGACUGCCUUAUUGACAUUUGUGGACAUACUGUCUUAAUUUACCGACUAACUUUUCUUAAAGUGAAGGGUCUACAUUUGUCGACUUACUUGUCGAAAAGGGUCGAUUUACUUGUCGAAGGGGUCGAACUUGUCGACUUACUUGUCGAAAAAUUUGCCGACUAAAUGAACGAAAACAUCCAUGAUGGGGGGGGGGGUGUCACAUCCCCAUCGCGCCGGCCUUGGUUCUUAUUAUGCGUUAUACAUUAUAUUAGAUAGUCAUAUGUUGAACCAAUCUUACUUUAUAAAGUUAUCCUUUUUUUAAAACGUCUUUUUUACCUUACACUCUAAAAAAAUGGCAGAAAUUUCCAAACCUUAAAAGUCAAGUUUAACAUACAAAAUCGUUUUUACCCCAUAUAGUCAAGUUCACCCUACAAAAUCAAAUUUAUUUUAUAAAAUCAAGUUUACCCCUCAAAUCGAACUUACCACACAAAAAAAAAACCUACUCUUAUUAUUGUUAUUUUUAAAAGAUUUGUUUUUUGAUUUGCAUUUGGAAAAUGAAGCCACGAUAUUAAUAUUAAAAUUUAUAAACAUCACUUUGUGCAACAAAGUUUUUAAAUCAAUAUUUUUAUUGAUUUAAAAUCUUUUUUAUAAUAUUUUUUUUGAAUGCAUUCAAUAGAAUAAAACAGGGUAAAAUGAAAUAGCGGGUAGAAUGAAAUAGUUAUGACAAUGUAUUAUUCUUUCACUCUUAAUUAACUAUUAAAUAAUUUUUUUGCAUAUAUAUUUUGAUUAUAUUGUAGAGAAUAUUUUUCUGAGUAAGAUUGUAU